CGUCAAGCUGAUCUUUCUGCCAGAACACACAUCGAUCUGGAGGGAGUGAGAGCGUGAAUGUUCAGUUUACUGCUCUUUGCCAGUGUCAUGCUGCUCUAGUAAAGGUGAAUCUCAUCAUGCCAAUGGAAGCACAACUCAAGAAAUUACGACAAAUGCUGGAGAAAGAAUGCCAGCUCAACCAGGAACUCCAGAACCAGAACACAGAGCUAAAGCAACAGCUUGAACAGAAAGAGAGAUUGUUACAGAUACUGCAAGGACAACUGGAUGAGCUUGAUUGUGCACCACAACGACACAGUAAUGAAAUGCCUGAGGUUCGACAGAGUCGGGCAGCUGUCAUGGCCAGGGAGCGUGUCCCAGAGGUCCUGGAAAUCACUGCCAACAGAGUCAAUAAAACUGCCAGUGAAAAAGCUCAGAUUGUGAAGGCCAUUGGUAAGAAUGAUUUCCUCCGUCGUCUGGAUGAGGAGCAGAUCAGUAUGAUGGUUGAUCUGAUGAAGGUUAUGGACUGUCGUCCUGGCGAGGACAUCAUCCGAGAGGGCACAGAGGGAGACAGCAUGUACAUUGUCUUUGAGGGUGAGCUGAGGGUUACUCAGUCUGGACGUGAUCUGCGAACUUUGAGCCCCGGUGAUGUGUUUGGGGAACUGGCCAUUCUAUACAACUGUAAACGCACAGCAUCUGUCAAAGCCAUCACUGCAGUACAGUUAUGGUGCAUUGAGAGACAAACAUAUCGAAGCAUCAUGACCAACAAAUCCAAGAAGAAAAGAGAGCAACUCAUGUGCUUCCUGAAAACGUCUCGCACUUUGAAAGCCCUGAAUGAUGUUCAGCUGUCAAAGAUCAUUGAUUCCAUGGAGGAAGUGAAGUUUCAGAACAAUGAAGUGAUUGUCCGAGAGGGAGCAGAGGGCAAUACGUUUUACAUCAUUCUCAAAGGAGAGGUUUUAGUGACAAAAAAAGUGAACGGACAGCAGAAAAUCAUUCGUAAGAUGAGUGAGGGGGAACACUUUGGAGAACUGGCUCUAAUACGAGAUAUCCUUAGGACAGCCACAUGCACAGCUGUGGGAGCUGUCACUUGCUUUUCCAUUGAUAAAGAGGUUUUUGAGGAGACCAUUCCUUUUGAAAGCCUUGAGCUCCAUGACGAGGUUGAUUUACUGGAGGAUGAUGUAAAGCCAGAGAAGGUUGGGCCAGAAACAUCUCUAAAGCUGAAAGAUCUCGUCCCUGUACUGUACCAGGAGGGAAGUCAUCAAGGAGAUCCUGUCACUCUUGGAGUCGGGGGGUUUGGAAAAGUGGAGCUGGUAACUACCUUACAGCACAGAACGUACUUUGCUAUGAAGAAGAUCAGUAAACAACACAUUGUUGCAAAGAAGCAGGAAGCACACAUUCUCCUAGAAAGAAAAAUUCUCCAAGCAAUCCAAUGUGACUUCAUUGUCAGGCUGCAUGCUGCCUUCAAAGAUUCCCGCUACAUCUAUAUGAUAAUGGAGUUUUGUCCUGGUGGGGAAAUCUGGACCAAGCUGAAACAAGCAAGACGCUUUGAGGAGAAUAUAUCUGUGUUCAUAACAGCGUGUGUGGUUGAAGCUUUUGCAUACCUCCAUAACAAAGGGAUCCUGUAUCGAGACCUGAAACCAGAAAAUCUCAUGCUCGACUCCAAAGGAUAUGUGAAAUUGGUUGAUUUUGGUUUUGCAAAGGAGCUUUCUCGGGGUGAAAAGACAUAUUCCUUUUGUGGUACUCCUGAGUACAUCCCUCCAGAGAUCAUUCAGAACCAUGGCCAUGACUUCGCUGCUGACUUCUGGUCACUUGGCAUUCUAAUCUACGAGCUGCUCGUGGGCAGUCCACCAUUCUCUAGUUCAGACCCACAGAAGAUUUAUGCCAAGAUCUUGGAUGGUGUGCUGAAUUUCCCAUCAUAUAUGGGGGAAGGUGCCAAGUCUCUCAUCAGUAAAUUGUGCAGGCCACGUCCUGGACAGCGUCUGGGCAAUACAAAAAAUGGAAUCAAAGAUGUCCGACAUCACAGGUGGUUUCACAGCAUUAACUGGCAUAAAUUAAGAAUGGGGCAGCUGGAGGCACCGACUAUUCGGCUUAUAAGAAAGGGUCCCUGCUAUAUAAACUUUGACCGCUUUCCCUAUGAUAAGACCCAAGCAGACGAGGAAUUUUCAGGCUGGGAUUGUGAUUUCUGAACAGCUGCCAAAUCUUAAGGUUUCUGAUAUCUAAAGGAUAUCUCUACUUCCCAAGUUAUUUACUCCGAAAUAUACUCACAGUUUAAUGUAUAAUCUCUCACUCUUUUAUCUUCUUCAGCCUUGGUUUAUGACUGAACUUUAGUAUAUAUAUAAAAAAUUCUUUCACAGAGAGUAAGUAAAAAUUACUUCAAUAAAAACUUUUUUGAAGGGAAUUCCCAGAGCCCAGUCAGACUAGAGAACAUUUUAUAAGUAAUGAAUAUUAUGUAUAUUGUUUAAUUCAAUUUAAUUAUGAAUAUUUAAUUUAAAUAAAUGUGAUUGCAGUUUUGUACUAUUAUUGACAAGGUAUUAUAAUAAAGAAUUAAUUAAAAAGAAAUGUAAUUGAAAGAAUUGAAAGAAUGUGAAAUGCCUUCUUGAACUGAAAAGCAAUAUUUUUGCUGCAGUUAUGGAACAAAUUAUGUUCUUACUGGGAUGUUAUAAGGAAUAAUCAAGUCAAGUCAUCAACAGCAUUUUUGAAGAAACUCACACCAUUACAUCUGUAAUUUACCACAGAGCAAGUUUUAGGUUCUGGGUGAUAUGACAAUAUGUAAGGAUGAAACAAGUGAUCCUCUGGAUUUUAGAUUUAGCUAUAUUGAAAUCAGUAUAAGCUACAUAACAACUAUGAUUAUUAUUUUUCUUAUUUCACCCCUAAAACAUUUGACCUUUGCCAUGACGUGAUCAAGUGUAGAAAGUCAUAUAGUAUAGAAAUACUAGAAAUACAAUAUAAAUUAUAACUGCAGAAUUUGCAUGCAUACAUAUGGUACAUUUCUCAAAGUAACUGUGCUUUUAGAGAAACUUUAUGUACAUUUGGUAAAUAAAAGAUUCAGUCUGAAAUAAACUCCAAGAACAGGAAUGUAUAUGCUUCUAGUUCAAUUUCACAUGUCAAUAUGUUAUGAUAACACUUCGUCUAACCUAUGCUUUUCACUAUUUGAUGCUUGAAAAUGCUCACUAUGAUCAUCAUCAUCAUAAUUGAUUGUGAGGGUUAAAACCAUCUUAGACGUACAACCAAUAUCACAAAAAUGCGGCUCUCAAAAGCCUUCAGAGACUAGUUGGGGUGCAGCUCUAUGACUAUGAUUUUCAGUACGUGAGUUUGUUACUAACAGAAUCUCAAGCCAAAUCCCAAGUCCCCAAAGAGUUACAGUUAUGAGAUAAUUAAAUGACUAUUUAAAAUGAUGAUUGAGCAUUAGUGUUGA